GUUCUGGCCGGUUUCUCUUUCCUCAUCAGAACUCCAUCGGAGUAAGAAGAUAAAAAAGAUUAGGGAGUGAUCAAAGCAAAGAAAGAGUAGAACUUUUGAAAAAAAUUUCUUCAUUUUCUCAGAAUCUUCUUACAAUUUGAAGAUUCUGCUUUUACUUUUACUGAUUGGCGAUCAGCUGAGCCCGGGAAAAAGCAUUGCGAAACAUCUUUGGAGGAAAAGGAUAGCUUAAAUCAUUAGAGAAAUGGAAACAAAAAUGUCGAGAAAACGGAAAUCAGAGGAAGAAGCAGAAGCAAGAGCACGUGGAAAAAAAAGAGAGCCUGAAGAAACUGAAAGAAAUCAUGAUGAAGAAUCGAAGAUGGAAGGAAUAGAGGAUGCCCAGCCAGGUCCAGGAGGGGAAAGAAAAAUGGAUUUAGAAUGUGCCGAUAAGUGCGGAGGGUGCCGUGAUGAGAAAAAUAAAAAUUGGAGCUACGGAGAGGAGAGGGAAGAGUACAGCAACAGUAGUGAUGACUUCAACUUAAGUGAAGAGAGCACCACCAGUGAAGAGAGCAGCAGCGACGAAGGAGGGUGCAUGUGCGGAAGUUGCAAAAAUGCAAAAUAAUUUUUCUUUGACACAAUAUGAUUGUAAUUAGAUCUAAACAUGAAAUUUUGUGACUUAUUUUAUAAAGUUAAAUAAUGUUUUGUGGUAAUCAGCAUAGUUUACAAAGGAUAUUUCAUUAAAGAAUUUCUUUUAAAGAAGGAAAUUACACUACAAUUUUCUUUAUUCUAUGAUGUUUUUAAUUCAGCAUUAUUAAAAGUACAAAAUAUUGCUUUCAAUUUAUUUUUAUUGAGGACACAGUUUAGAUUAAAGUCGGUUUAUAAUUAUUUACAAAAAGUCUACCGUUAAAUCUCAUUUUCAAAAUUUUGGCACCCCCUCCCUUUGACAAAUUUCUUGAAAAUCGCUCCUUGAAAGCAUUUCUACGAUGUUUACUUAUCCUAACCUUUGAUUUUUCAGAACUUUUUUUUUUUCGUGUACACUUGCUCUGUUGUAAUUUGAAUCUUUUUUUUUUCUUGAGGAUUUGAAGAGAACCACAGUCAAAAUGUAUAUAUAAAAUGGGAAAAGGAGAAAUUUGAAUGUUUUAAGAGCCCAAUUCAAGAAGUAGAAAUAAGAAAACUUCAAAUAUUACUAUAUUACUAGUGAAUUUAUUUAUUACAUAAAUGAAGACUUGGCAACCCUAAAAUUUCUUAUCUCCGAAAUAACUGGAACGUCAGAUAAUUUUUAUACUACACUAAAUUUUUAUAAUCAGAAAAUUUUUAUACUACUUCUCAUUUAAAAAAAGACAGCGGGCUUUUUACAGUAAAAGAUGCGAGCAAAUAUUACCCAGGAACUUUUAAUAAAAUUAAAAGAAAAUAAAAGUCGAAACGUUCAUCAUCAACAAAGCAACUCAGUAUUGAAUUAAACGCAGAAGAUUUAGCUUUAUCGCCAAAAUUGCACAUUUUCCUACACUAAUCAUAACCUGUUAUGAUAAUAAGUCACUUAAUUAAUGUGGGAAAGAUUUAAGCUUCAAUUUCAAGCGAAUUCCUACUUAGAAACUCAAUAGGCUCAAAAUCAAGGUCAUUGCUCGUAUGCCGUUGGGCAACAAAUUAGAGGUCUGUCUCCUUAUCUGUUGCCACAUCCCCUCUAAAAAAAUUGCUGAUCCCAAACACCACAAAAAUUAAUAAAAAUAUCAAAUCCUUCCGUAAUUAUAAAGAACCCUCCUCCUCUCCCCAAAAUAAUAAUAAUUAAAAUUUAUUGUUAAAUGUUUAUCCAGUGCAAUCUUUUCUUUCUGAGGUUUCUUCUUUUGAAAAUUAUAAUUCAUUAUACAAAUUAAAUUAUAGGAAAAGUGCUUGAAUUUUGUAUCUACCAAGAAUUCAAAACUUUUAGAUUUUCUGUAAAAUGCAUAUAUUAAAGAGAUAAUUGUAGAUGACAUUAAUUUUCAAAAUACUGUUUUAUUCUGUCACAAUUUCA